CAAGGUGACUUUUAUUUCCCACAAUGCUUUGCUCUUUCUUUCUCUUCCGGUUGUCGUGCGCUUCAUGUGGCAGACAGUGAUCAGAAAUGGCAAAGUCAAAGAACCACACCACACACAACCAGUCUCGUAAGUGGCACAGAAAUGGCAUCAAGAAGCCCAGAACUGAUCGCUAUGAGUCUCUGAAGGGGAUUGACCCCAAGUUUCUGAGGAACAUGCGCUUCGCUAAAAAACACAAUAAGAAGGGGAUGAAGGCUAUGGGGAUGAAGACUAUCGCAAAGAAAGAGGCUCCUAAAUAGAUGACAGACCCCUCAAGAGUAAAUGAUGUACAGAUGUUCUGAAAAAGGACUUUAUACCAUCAAAAUAAAGCCAUGCUUUGUUAAUGAAA